AUGGCUAUAAGCUUCUAUUCCGUCAUCAAACCCGCGGGUACUCCCAGUAGCCUGCGAAGUGAGCCUUUGCUGAGUCCACCACUGUCGCACAACAGCUCGGAAGACAUUCCUUUCAGACCAGACGACAGCGAUCGAAUCAGCUUGACCAUGAAAAAGCACAAAAGCCAUCGGCAAGGAUGGCACGAUCCUUUCUCUCCACAUACACGACCUACGAAUCCGACCGUGAACGCGCGACAACCGCGUCGCGGACGCAGCCUUCGGAAACGAAGUUGUACAUCUGAUUCAGCUACCUUACGAAAAGCACGCUCACUUCCAGACGUUCAGUCAAAUCAACGACCUUGGAGGACUGGAUUGGUCAUCAACCAUAAUAUCCAAACACGUCGAUGGACAGUGUCAUCCAAAGCGGCUGCCACAAGAGGCCUUGCUACAGUUAUACCAGUUCCGGAGCCCGCAGGUCGAAUAUCCAAGAAAACAGCUAUAACACAAAGCCCGGCAAUGAUUACGCUUCGUCGUGCGACCACCACAGCGUCACCGAAGCGAAUGUCCCUCACCUCGUUUCCAACCCCGAAAUUCAGCAGGCAGAAUACUGGCUUCUUGUCAUCUCUCCUGAACACAAUCACGGGCCAAGACGAAUAUCGUGUUGGUCCCAGUGAAAGUCUGCAAGCCAUAGGAAGCAACUCGCAAACUCCACGGCGUCAUUCGGUAGAUCGCAACGAAGCCCGUCCAGCCACAGGUACGAUUGCUCCUCCAAUGUUUACAGCGGUUACGCCAAUUCCACCGCGCCUUUCACUGGCUGGCCAGAGCUUCGGAGUCUUCGAUCCGAUGCGGCGAUGCUCAAUCAAAUAUGUUUCAGAGGAUGUUAUGUACGAGGUUAUCUGGGACGAGAAUUCGUCGACUCCGAGUUCCGAGGACGCCGGUCCUAGUCCAGCGGAAAGAGACAUUGGAGUACAUGGAAAUUAUCCGGAAGAUUCAGAGACAUUGGAAAGGCGGCUCUCGAAAGUCCUCACUCAAUCAAGAAGGCCUUCGACAUCGGCACAGAUGAGUCGAAGGACGAGCUACUGGCCAGGCAGCGAAACCUUUGCUCAUGGCAUCCUUCCAUUAAUGACAAGUCCCAAGCUGGCCAAAAUUGCGCGGGAAGCAGCGUUUCGGAGCUUACCCCGGUCGAAAGGGUCCAGAAAGGCGGAGGUCAUGACACCAUUGGCUUCAUCGAUUGAUGUUGAGCAGCAGCAGCUUCUUCUCGAUCCGUUGAUGAACGAGGCUGGAAAAGUCAAUGUCCAAUAUUUCCCACCGUUGCCUGAUCCCGAGGGCAGUACAGAAGUCACGACACACGUCGGCUUGUCACUGGACGCGGACAGAGACCCAACUAAUUCUAUCAAUUUAGCAGGCGAUCCAUUUCCAGGCGCUUCAGGUGAAGAGGGUUUGGCUUCGCCACCCGCAAGAAGCCGAUAUGGCAGCAUGGUCGGAGUCAGCAGUCACCAAAAACGGCUGAGCCUCCCUGCAGACACGAUAUCAACCGUCAAGGGCAGGAAAUAUAGCCUCUAG